AUGCGCUCUCUAUCCCUCCUCCCUCUCCUCGCAACAGCAAUCUCAGCAACCCUCACCCCCGACCCCAGCAACGAUUACGGCUGCACCUCUGUCCACAACCCUGUCAUAACCCUCCACGGCCUCGGCGCGACCUACUACGAAGACAUCAACUAUCUUGGCGACUGGCUCAAAACUCAGGGCUUCUGCGUUUACCGCGCCACCUACGGCGCAUACCCCGAUUUCCCGCUCGUGGGUGGAUUCUUGCCUAUCAAUGAGAGCGCCGUCGAAAUCGCAGAUUUUAUAAAGGAUGUGGCCUCGAGUACCGGCAGCAAUAAAAUAGAUCUCGUGGGACAUUCGGAGGGCGCGCUUCAGUCGCUGUAUGUCCCCAAAUUCGAGUCCGGCAUUUCGGGACUGGUGCAACGGAUUGUGGCUAUCGCGCCGCCGACGCACGGCACGAAUUUUGCGGAUUUGAUCACUUUGGCCGAGGAUCUAGGGAUCGACGGGCUUGUGCAGGAAGUUCUUAAUACAUUCGGUUGCGAUGCGUGUAACGAUCUGGUUGAUGGCGGUGCGGCCAUUAGCCGGUUGAAUGAUGGUAACCCCAUUGUGCAGCCGGGUAAUGAUGUGACCAUUAUCAUUUCGAAGCAUGACGAGCUCGUGACGCCGACGUCGACUUCGGUGGUUGAUGAGGCGGGAGUCAGGAAUGAGUAUGUCCAGGAUUAUUGUGCCCUGGACCCCGUGGGACAUAUCGGGGAGGCAUACGACUUAAAUGUGUGGAAUAUGGUCAAGAAUGCGUUGACGGAUGUGACGGCGCAUAACUUUAUUUGUGUGUUUGGUAGCCCUGGUAAAUAG